AUGAUAUCAACACCCUUAGCUACCGGAGUGAUCGGAGUCGCGGUUAUCUUUUUCCUUCACUCGAUCAUCUCUCCUCUUUUGAAUGGACCUCUUGCUCGAAUUCCAGGACCGAAAAUAUACGCACUCACGAAGUGGAGACUCGCACUCGAUGAUUGGAAAGGAACACGCACCCGCCGCAUCUGCGAGCUUCACGAAAGAUACGAUCCCGCUGUGCGGAUCGGUCCGAAUGAGGUCGCGUUUAACAGCCUUUCGGCGUUAAGGACUAUAUAUGGUGCUGGCAGUGGAUUUGAAAGAACUUCAUUUUAUAGCAUGUUCGACGUAUACACCAAAAAGAAUCUCUUCACUUUUGCAUCGGUCCGAGAACACUCCCAACGGAAAAGGCUACUUGCUCAUGCAUACUCCAAAUCGGCAAUCACCAAACGAUCCUCGAAUAUGAUUCAAGAGAAAGUCCUGGACUAUCUAAGUCUGAUUGAGAAGGAUCCCGAAAGUGCAGAGGAACUCUUUUCGAGUCUGCAUUAUUUUUCAUUGGAUUCAAUCACGGAUUUUGUUUAUGGAAACUUCGGCAGGACGAAGUGUUUGAAAGGGGCAAACCGUGACUUGCUAAAUGACAUAUUGGACCCCGACCGCCAAAAACUGUCGUGGUUUGUUGUGCAUUUGCCAUCCUUCACGAAGUGGCUCUAUUCCACUACUGGUGUGUUGGAACCGUUUCUACGGAAACUAUAUCCAAUGAGCAAACCGACAACAUACACAGGGAUUCGUGUUCACGCCUUGGAUGCUUGGUACCGAUUUAAAGAGUCCUCGAACGAUAGCAAAGAAGCGCAGCAAUAUACAAUACUUGGCAAUUUGUGGCAAAGCCAUGAGAGUCAGAAGAAUAAUGGCCUCGACGAUAUGGAAAUUGCUUCAGAAUGCGCGGACCAUCUGCUUGCCGGUAUUGAUACGACAUCUGAUUCUUUGAUGUUCAUGAUUUGGGCCAUUUCGCGACCCGAGAAUCUGAAGUUCCAGCGGAAACUCCAGGAAGAGAUUCGAUCGAUGCCCGCAGACUUGUUUAACAAGGAUGGAAUUGCUUCUGUCGAAACAUGCGACAAGUUGCGGUAUCUUGACGCUGUUAUUAAAGAGACACUGCGACUUUAUGCGCCUUUACCAGCCUCGGAGCCUCGGAGCUUUCCUGCCGACUCAACAAUUGAUGGGUAUGCCAUCCCGGCUCGCACCACCGUGAGCAUGUCGCCGUUUUCUAUUCAUCGCAAUGCUCAAGUGUUCGAAAAUCCGACAUCAUUUAACCCGGAUCGAUGGUUGGGCGAGGAGGAAGAUGUUGUUGAGCUGAAUAGAUGGUUUUGGUCUUUCUCAAGCGGAGCAAGAAUGUGUAUUGGCAUGCAUCUUGCGAUGGCCGAGAUGACAACCUUGGCAACAGAUCUAUACAGGAAAUACUCGACAUCGUUGAAACCAAGUUUUCAGGGCAUCUCCCCGGGUGCAACCAGUCGAUUUGAGGUCCUCUCCGAUGCCACGCAUAGUAAAGUUGCGUUGCCUCGAAUUAACUUUAAGCAGGAGCACAAAUGCUAUAUCUCCUUCGAAAAGAUGUAG